AGCUCGACUGUUUCCUUUCUUUGAAUUUUUUAGCUUCCUCCCAGAGCUCUCACUUUUUCAUUUCAAUUCCCAAAGCCACAACCCAACAACCACCACGAUGAGACUUGUAUCCUCCUGUUUCCUUCUUCUAGCGCUGCCAUGCUUGUCGUUGGCAUCGGAGCAACAACAGUACAAAAGAGGUGUCGAACAGGCUGGAAUCUCCCGUGUCAAGGAUUUCUUCAACACCAAUGGCUACGUCUUGCUGCAAAACUUUUUCACUCACGAAAACAAGCUCUUGCUCAAGACGCUCCGAAACACUACCAAAUCGGUCUUUACCAAUACCUUUCAAGACAUGUACGACAAGGGAUUCACACAGUUUCCCGAGCACAGUCGUGUGAUUUUUGAAGCCGACGACAAAGGGGCCAAUGAAAAGAAGCGCAUUUACGCCAUGCAACCAGGACGAGAAAAUGGAUUUCAAGAGAUUGUCAUGCGCAAUGCGGGUCGUUACGAAAUUUCACUGCAACUCAAUCCGGAUAUCUUUGACAAUGACAGCAUUGAUCCCUUGUUGGAACAAUUGCGCGCUGUGAUUCCCUCUCUCUUUGACAAGGAAAUGGGAAACAUGACACACGUGAACCUGGCAUCGUCCCUCAUUAUCUCCACAGCAGGAGCCGGUGAACAAAAGUUCCAUGCCGAUGGAGAACACUUGGAUAUGGAGGAACAUUUGCCCGUGCAUUGUCUCAACGUCUUUAUUCCACUCGUUGAUGUCCCCGACGAGAAAGGUCCCACCGAGUUGUAUCCGGGAUCGCAUUAUGUCACCAGACAACCUUCGCCCAUGAACAUUGAUACCAACGAGUUGCGAAAACCCUAUGCGCCCGAGCUCAAACUGGGCGAUGCUCUCAUUUUCGAUUAUCGCAUCUUGCAUCGGGGAAAACCAAAUCGGUCCAAAAAACAUCGACCCAUGUUGGUAUUGGCCUUUUCCGAACCAUGGUUUACCGAUGUCAAGAAUUGGCCCCAGAGGAGUUUGAAACAUACCACUACCAAACGUUAGACCUGGUUACCAGGUAGUUAUUGGCUCUAAACGAGACGGAAAAGUAUCGGCACUUGACGUUGCAGCCUCCAAAGAUCUUGCAUACUUACUUACUUGUUGAUUUUAAAAGUAGUACAGUAGUGGCGCAACAUGUAGCUACUGUAGUCAUCAGUAGGUACCGGUACGGUACGGUCAAUGCUGCCAUUUAUCAUUGGUUAAUUAAAAGUAGUCUCUACGCAUACCUGUAUGCAUAGCUAUAGCUGGCUGAUCUGAUAAGUUACUUGUGGUGAAGAGACAGGACAAUUGAGAGAUGCUCAAGAAUCCUGGAGCGUUCAACACCAAGAUGCUCGCAGCCAUUGAUUGCAGGGUCCAUUUCUUGGAUUCAAUUAGCACUCGAAUGCGUUCGACCCAGUAUACAUGUACACUGAAGACUUUCUUUUGCUCCACAGGAAUUCACAGAGAUGCUGUUGGAUUCGAUUCGCACCGGGACCUACUAGUACCAUGGCGAUGAAAUCGUAACAGGUUCCGACUAACUCGGUGCUCUUGAGCCUGUGAAGCUGCAACAUUAAAUGGAUCCUUUAUAUACCA